AUGCCAUCCACACCAAUCCCCCGACAAGCCACAAACCUCAUAAAGAAGCCCAAGCCUCCCAGCCAGGGCCUCCCCUCCCCUUUCAAGGUUACAAACCUCCCCACCCGCAAUCUCCCUGCCUUCAGUGAAAAAGCAUUAUCGCCCGGGUCAUUCUCCAACCUCCCUACCCGACAGAAAAACAACAGCCACCGCAAUCCAACUCAGCACGCUAGCCUGAACCCCCCCAGGGGACAGAAUGAUCCUCCUAAGCUCCAGUCCCAGAGAGAACCAAACAGCAAAGUGCCUGUGCCCCUGCUCGUACCGUUGCAAACACUACGCUGCGAUGCCACCACCCUAGCAGCGAUUCUCAACGAUGUGGGUCGUCCGCGACUGAUCUUUGUGGUCGUGAAUGGGCCAGAUACGCUGGAGGGAGUGCAGCAGGGGACGGUGGACCCCGCUUAUCGGGAUAAGGGUAGGGCGAUGAUGGUGGAUUGGGGUUACCCGAGAGCCCACUGGACUGCUGGGGAGAGGUUGUUUGAUCCUGGGGUCUAUGGGGUGAUUGAGCGGGCGGUUGAGUAUGCGAUUGGUGGCGGUGAGGGGGGCCACUCGGGACAAGGGCAUAGUAGUGGAAGAGGGCUUGAGAUUCGGCCUGUGAGGAUGAGGGGACUGAAGUCUGGGUGA